GGUGUAUGUUUUGCCGUCAGGAAGCUUGCAGUUGGUUUGAAACCUGAUGUCAAAAUCAGUAAUAACGAGAAUGGGUGGAAUAUAAGAACAGAGAGUACCUUUAAAAAUACAGAUUUGUGCUUUGUACUAAAUGAGUUGUUUGAAGAAACCACAGCAGAUGGCAGGACAUGCAAGACUAUCUGUACACUAGAAGAUGGAAAAUUAAUACAACACCAGAAGUGGGAUGACAAGGGGGUAGAAAGGGAAUCCACAAUAACACGAGAAGUACAAAACGAUCAAAUGAUAACGACUAUCUUUACACUAGAGGACGGGAAAUUGAUACAAAGCCAAAAGUGGGAUUGCAAGGAAUCCAUUAUUACACGAGAAGUACAAAAUGAUCAAAUGAUAACGAAUUGCACAUAUGGUAAUGUGAAGUGUCGUCGGGUCUAUGAGAAAAAUUGA